UCGCUGGGCGCCGCGCUGACGACGUUGGCGAGCGAGAUCUCGCGCCUGAGCGGUCUGAUGACGCUCAUCCUGAGCGACAACGCGCUGACGUCGCUCCCGGAGUCGAUCGGCGAGCUCAAGCGGCUGAAAGUUUUGGAAGCCGAGCGCAACGCGUUGACGAGCGUUCCUUCUUCGCUGAGCGACUGCGCGUGCCUGGAGAUCUUGAGGCUCGGGCACAACAAGUUGACGAGCGUCAAAGCGCUCGCGGCGUGCAACGAGCUCGUGACGCUGGUGCUCGAUGACAACGAGCUGACGACGCUCGACGACCUCGACGUCGCGUCCAAGUCGCGUUUGGUAACGCUGAGCGCGAAGAAGAACGCUAUAGAACGCGUGCCGGGGAACCUCGGGAAGUGCGCGCUGCUCGCGGAGCUGUGCCUCGGCGAUAACGCGAUCGAGAAUCUGCCGAAGUCGUUGGGGGAGCUGAAGGAGAAGAAAGUCCGCGCGCUCGAGUUCGAGGGGAACCCGCUGAGGGACCCGAAGAUCAAG